UAAAUUUUUUUUUUUUUUUUAAUGAUAAGACAUGUGGGUUACAGUUAAUAAUAUUUUUAAUUUCCUUCGUUAAACAUAUGAGUUGAAAAGGAUAUCAAUGAGUAAUUAUUUUAUGAUACACGUGAAAUGAAUUGAACAGACCCAAAUGUAUUAGACUGGAUCUUUUUCCAAUCUUUUCACAGUGGAGAUUAAGGAGUUACUAAAUAUCUGUCAGUCAAUAACCACUCAACUGCCAAAUUCUAUCUCAAGUUCAUCUAAUUUGAGAUUUUGUUUCCUGAUCUCAAGUUACUUCAACUAUUUUUUUUCCUUUUUUCGCGUACGUAAUUUUUCUUUUGGAUUGUACAAUCUUAAUUUCCUCAAUUUUCUUGUCUUUCCUUGUUCUGGAUUUGCUUUCUUAAUUUGGGUUUUCUGGUUAGGGUUUUUGUAUUGAUAAUUGUCUUUGAGCACUAGCUGGUUGAGAUUGCUGUUGUUUUGCCCUUUUCCUUUGAAUGAUUGAAUUAGGGCAUGAUCGCUUGUUGAAAAGUCGAAUUCCACUGAAGAUGUUCUUUCAUUUCAGGGUGUAGAGCCAAUUAAGUAAAAAGAUUAAAAAAAUUAUAUGAUAAACUAAAAAGAUGAAAUUUUUAACGUUCUCCCAAUUGUUUUCAAGCAAAAAAGUUCCUAAUUUUAAGUGGUUAUUCUUGUCUUGAUCUCUGAGACCUUAGUCCUGUUUUCUCUUCUUCUGGGUAAUUUAUUAGGAGAGGUCUAGAGCCAAUUAAGUUUAAAGAUCAAAUUUUUAACUAUAUCCCUCUUGUUUUCAAGCAAAGAAAUUCCUAGUUUUAAGUAAGUUAUUCUUGUCUUGAUCUCUUAGUCCUUUUUUUCUUUUUUCCUUUUUCUUUUUUCUUCUUUUGGGUAAUUUUAUUCAGAAAAUUGUAGCUGGAGGAGUUAAAUCUUGAUCAUCGUGAUCUGGGCUUGCUUGUUUUUGUAUCUCAAAUCACUCCAUCACAUAUCUGUUUUGGUGGUUUUGAUCAUCUUUUGCCUGGUUCUUCAUGGAUUUCAUGGGAGAAGCCAGUUUCCCGGAUACCAAUUCUAAUGGUAGUGGCUUCGACAAUUGGGGUCCUGGUUUUUCUGAUCAGGCAGUUUGGGCUACUGAGGAUGAUUAUAGAGCCUGGAACACUGGUCCCUCCUCCGAAACCCCUUCCAAUUCCAACCGAUCCGGGAGUGAGCCUCCCCACAAGAAAUUACGGAACUCGCAGGGUGGAGAUUCGGUUUCUAAUCGUUCCAAAGUAAUUGGAAAGAUGUUCUUUAAAACUAAAUUAUGUUGCAAGUUCCGCGCUGGGGUGUGUCCGUAUAUUACUAAUUGUAACUUUGCUCAUGGUAUAGAGGAGCUGCGAAAGCCGCCUCCUGAUUGGCAAGAGAUAGUGGCUGCACAUGACAGUGAGCGUGGUGGAGGAGGAGGAGUGAUGGUGGAACCACCAAGAGAAGAACACCAGAUACCAAUUGCGAGUUCUCCUGAACUGCGUGCAGAGUCGUCCCAAAGGUCCUAUAAAGGGAGGCAUUGCAAGAAGUUCUAUACUGAAGAAGGAUGCCCUUAUGGAGAUACUUGUACUUUCCUUCACGAUGAACAAUCUCGAACUAGAGAGAGUGUUGCAAUAAGUGUGACUCCCACUGUUGGUGGAUUCGGUAACAAUGCUGCUGGAGGAAACUUGAAGCCUUCAAACUGGAAAACAAGAAUUUGUAAUAAGUGGGAGACUACCGGUUAUUGCCCUUUUGGCAGCAAGUGUCAUUUUGCACAUGGAGCCGCAGAAUUGCACAAAUAUGGUGGUGGACUUGUGGAGAUGGACAGCACAGAUUCUCUGUCUACUCCUCCAGACUUAAAGCAGGGAGGUGUUCCUUUCAAAGCAACAGAAAAUACGGCACCCUUGACCACUUCAGCACCUCAUGCAGAUGUUUACCAUUUGGGGCCGGGCGUUCAAGUGCAAAGGCCCUCAGGCAUAGUCCAGAGGACUGGUCAAAGGGUCAUUCAGAAAUGGAAAGGGCCAGAAAAAAUUAGUAAGAUAUACGGCGACUGGAUUGAUGACAUCGAAUGAAGAAGUCGUGUUUGCUAACAACUUAUCCGUUUAUGAAGAUAAUCUUGUUAUCUAGGCAGGUAUAGGCAUGUUUUCGACAAAUAGGCAUCCGAAGGAAUUUGAGUUCUUUUGUAUUGCUUUGAACUGUAACAGGGGCACGCCUAAUGUUUUACAGUUUUAGAGCUACAAAUAAAGUAGCUGCUUGUCAGCAUGUGUUGCUCUAUGAUAUAUUCUACUAUAUCCUUGUUUGGAAGAAGAGGAGCGAAAUCUGUUGUAGUCCAGCCUCUUGAAUUUAAUUGUGUGAUUUGCAUUGCUUAAGAUGAGAUGAGGCAAAUCUUUUGGAGCUCGUCUUGUUGUAAACAAAUACCUGGGACUGAGGCAUCGUAAUUAACAGAAGAGUUUACAAUUGAUUUUUGUAAUUAAAUCUGGAUUCUCCAAAAUCUUUUCGUAGGUUUCAAUCA